AUGGCGCCCGCAGCAAAGAAGCGCAAGACCGCUCGCGAUGCGCCGAAGUUCUUGUGCCUGAGCUGCCAGACCGAGAGGACUUCGAGCCAGUUCCCGGAUUACAACCCCAGCGCAGAGUGUGAGCACUUGAUCCAUACGUGCAAGAAUUGUUUGAAGAAGUGGGUGGAGGUGCAGGUUGAGUGCAGUGCUUUUGUUAAGAAGACUGCGGCUGAGGAUGGUGCUGGAGUUGACGCUGCUGAAGGUGACGAACGCGUGAGGAAGGGUGAAGUGGAGGAAGGAAAACCAAACAGUCUGCUGUUCGGCAUCAAGUGUCCACAUCCAGACUGCAAAGGUGUGAUGAGGAAUGUGAACGUGGAGAUGGGAGCGACGAAGAAGGUCUAUCAGAAGUUCGCGGAGAUCGAGCGCAAGUUCAUCGGCGACUCAACCCCAGGGUGGCGUUGGUGCCUAGACCCCAGCUGCGAAGCAGGCCAAGUCCAUAAGUCCACUCUUUCGAAGCAGGAGCAAGAACGGCAAGCCGCCGCGAAGUCACCGACCAAGCGUACGAAGAAGGGCAAAAGCAAGGAGGCUCCAGUCAUCGUCUACGAGGACAAUCCAGCCCCCAUCCAAGCAGACAUCUGCACCUGCCACGCCUGCGGAUCUCAAGCCUGCGUCUCCUGCGACCGUCCCUGGCACGAAGGAGAGACGUGCGAUGGGUACCAGAUACGCAUCAAAGACCGUAUGGAGGAGGAGGACAAGGCGUUGCGCGAGAUCCAGUCAGCGACGAAACCCUGCCCAGGCUGCGCCAAGCGGAUCCAGAAGAACGGCGGCUGUCCGAACAUGAACUGUUCCCAGUGCGACACGAACUUCUGCUGGAACUGCGCGAGUGCGUACAUUAGGGGUAGGUGGUGUGAUUGUCCGCACAAUCGCAUCCCUACGCAUGAGCGGGCCGCACUGGGACUGUGA